AUGCCUCCGCGCCGCUCCCAUACAAAAUCGCGCAGGGGUUGUCUUCUGUGUAAACAGAGGCAUGUCAGGUGCGACGAGAGGGGACCUCCUUGUGGAGCUUGUCAAGCCAGAGGGACUCCUUGUGAAUAUGCCACUAUGACAACGAUCAUCCUGGAGCCAACUGUCCAAGAAUCGUUUGCAGAUGGUUUCACCGAUGCGAAGAACGCUACUGGUGCUGCCCCAGUGUCACCGCCAACACUUCCAGACGAUGACACCGCCAGCUUCCAAACUGAAUGUCCAGUCUUCCCCAAUGACAACAAGCACUUGCUUGAGCUUCAGCUGAUGAAUCGGUGGUCCACUGUGACUUACAGAAGCAUGUGCACGCCUGUUGCUAAAGAUGAUUAUGUGUGGCAGAUCAAGGUACCGUCGAUGGCGAUAAAUUUCGACUUCCUAAUGAACGGACUUCUUGCAAUAACUGCAUUCGAAAUCGGCAGCACGUUUGACAAUGCACCUUAUGUUCAUGCCGCAGUCGAAUAUCAGACGCUAGCCAUUGGCAGCUUUCGGAAGCAACUGCAAGAUGUCCACCCGAACAUGAUCGAACCAAUACUUUGCUUUUCGCUAAUGCUGAUGGUGCUUGCCCUGGCCUCAGCCCAGUGUCGAUUAUCCUCACGACCCUCAGUUCCAACGGAACCCCACAACGCAUCGGCGUCAUCGUCCCCUGCGGAUGCCGAUAUGGUCGCCAGCACAUUCAUUCAUUUUGAGUUGCUACGUGGUUGCCGGGUCGUUCUUGAAGGUCAUGCGCAAUAUCUGGCAGAGUCACCGUACAUACGGAGACUCAAACGCUUCGAAGAACUGCCACUGACAGCACUUGAUCCUGCCAUGGAAAGCGCCAUCACCAAAUUGACCGACGCCAAUGAAGGCAGGAUCAUUUCUAGUGUUGGUGAACCCUAUGAACACCGAGUCAAGCAAAUUGCGCACUGGGAGGUCUGCAAGAAGGCUAUAUCAUUGCUUCGAGAGUGUUUCGCAAAAUGCGCCAAUGAGGACUACUGCGGGUAUGUUCUGGGUUGGCUAAACAUGGCUGGCGAAGACUAUAUCAAUGCCAUCAAAGAUAACGACAACGUAGCCCUCCUCGUACUGAUGUACUGGGGUGUCCUUAUCCAGACUCUUGGCCACCAGGUCUGGUGGGCGAGGCAUUAUGGCCGGCUUCUUGCGGAUGAGAUUUCGAGUCGCAGAAAUGCUAAUGUGACAGAGCCCGACCCUAUCACGGACGACCUUAUCCUGCUCGCUCGAGAAUUUGUGAAUCAGACCGCCCGUAGUACGGCAGUUUGA